AUGCUGCUAUUGUUACUGUUACACUUCAGUUCAAUUUAUAUACAUCUCAUCGCAGCCGAUAGUUAUGCCGAAGAGGGUGAUUUUCCCUUUGAAGUGGCCAUAGCCUAUCAGGGUGUAGAUAUUUGUGGUGGUGCCAUCGUUUCGGAAUAUCUAAUACUAACAGCCGCUCAUUGUAUAAGAUAUUUAGAGGCUAACGAAUUGGCUAUUUAUGCUGGUGUACACGAUUAUUAUGUAUUUCCACGUGGCCAUAAAUAUGAGGUAAAUUCUACUUAUAUACAUCCUCAGUAUGAUGCAUCAACCAGAGAUUAUGAUGUGGCUCUUGUAAGACUUAAGAACGCCUUAAAACUGAAAACGCCGGGUGUGGAUAGCAUUGAAAUUGUGACAACAAGUCAAGCCAACUAUGGUGGCAUACUGGCCACUUUGGUUUAUUGGGAACUUGAGCCGGGCACUAGACUGCUGUAUACCGAUAUUGAGCUGUGGAGCCAGAAACAGUGCACGGCCGGUAAUAUAUUUGGCGAUUUUGCAGCCAGCGUUGAUUUGCCACCACCAAAUAAUGGCAUCAUUUGCGCUGGCAUACCGGCGGGAUCGUGUAUAGGUGAUGAUGCCGGCUCUCUUGUUGUGAACCAUCAAUUGUGGGGUGUUGUAUCGUUGAAUAUAGAUUGUGAUUCGGAGGAUAAACCUUUGAUUUUAACGAAUUUAGCGUAUGUGAGAGAGUGGUUGGAUGAAUAUUAUUUAUAG